GUUUGAUUGCUUAGUCUAGGGAUUGUUUUGUUCUGUUUAUGUUAGUGUGUUUUGUACUAACAUUGUCUGAAUCCUUAGGCUGGAAAAAGCAAAUCGGGAAAGUCCCGAAGAAGUAAGAGAAUGGCCGGUCAGUCUAGCCAAGUGGCCGUGGAUAGAACUAAUCUGUCUGGUUUGCAAACCGAUCCGUCUGCGGCUAACGCUGAAAAUGUGUUGCCAACUGAUCAGGCUAAUCUUACGGGGACGCAACAGGAUGGUCAGGAACAUCAGGAGAGUGAUGAGGAACUGGAAUCCUCGAACUCUAACCGUGAUGGUGGCCAGCAUGAGAAAGUGGCCGAUGGUACGGCCAAUGUAACCACAACACUGUCCAAAGAGGACUUGUUAGAGGCCAUGAAGGUAAUGGGGACUCAGGUGGCGGCUAUGGCCCAAUUGUUCACGCCAUUAGUGAACUCCUCAGUUGGCCAACCUACGCAUGUGGCUACAACCGCCCCCAACACCAAUGGUCCAGUUGUGGAAAUGGUCGAGGUGAUCGAGAUUGAUCCACCAGAAAGGACCGGGAAAAAGCUGGACUAUCUGAGUUUGCUUCAGCACAUCUCCCGUCUAGGGACGAAGCAUUUCUCAGGAAGCACCGAUCCUAUUGAGGCAGACGAGUGGAGGAGUAGGCUAGUCCGAAACUUCAGCUCAACUCGUUGUCCCGAGGAUUACAAGAGAGACAUUGCGGUUCACUUCCUGGAAGGGGACGUGCAUAAUUGGUGGCUGGCUGUGAACAAGCGCACCAAUGGAAGUCUCCAGAGUUUUGCGGAUUUCGAAGAUGAAUUCAACCGCAAAUACUUUCCUGCAGAGGCUUGGGACCGUCUGGAAGGUAGAUUCCUAAACCUUACCCAAGGCCGCAGGGCCGUACGUGAGUACGAAGAGGAGUUCAACCGGCUCCGACGUUUUGUUGGAAGGGAACUUGAGGACGAGACAGUCCAGGUUCGUCGGUUCAUUCGAGGCUUAAGGCCGGAGGAGGACCCGUUGGUGUCUGAGUUCCCAGAUGUGUUCCGUUCACUACAGGGUGUCCCCCCUGAUUGGUCGGAUCCAUUUACGAUUGAACUAGAACCAGGGACAGCUCCGCUGUCCAAGAGUCCGUACCGAAUGGCUCCGGCCGAGAUGGCCGAGCUAAAGAAGCAAUUAGAAGAAUUGCUGGACAAGGGGUUCAUACAGCCAAAUGAUAUUAGAAAGACAGCAUUCCGGACCAGGUACGACCACUACGAGUUUGUGGUUAUGCCAUUUGGUCUGACCAAUGCGCCUGCUGCAUUCAUGAAAAUGAUGAACAGUGUGUUCCAAGAUUUCCUGGACGAAUCAGUGAUCAUCUUCAUUGAUGAUAUCCUGAUUUACUCCAAGGAUGAGGAAUCUAAUCGGAAACACCUGAGAGCCGUGCUGGAACGAUUACGGGAACACAAGCUCUAUGCAAAACUCAGUAAAUGCAGUUUUUGGCAGAAGAGCAUUGGGUUUCUCGGCCACAUUGUGUCCGGUGAGGGCGUCUUGGUGGAUCCAGAGAAGAUCAGGGGAAUCAAGGAUUGGCUUCGACCACGCAGUGCCACGGAAGUCAGAAGCUUCCUAGGGCUGGAAGGUUAUUAUAGAAAGUUUGUGAAAGGAUUCGCAAGCUUGGCUCAGCCUAUGACACGGUUGACCGGGAAGGACGUUAAGUUCACAUGGUCAGAGGAGUGUGGGAAAUGUUUUUCCGUGCUUAAGGAGAUGCUGACUAGCGCACCCAUUCUGGUUCUUCCAGAGGCCGACCAACCCUAUGUGGUUUAUACGGACGCGUCCAUAACAGGACUAGGUUGCGUAUUAACCCAGCAUGGGAAGGUCAUCGCCUAUGCGUCAAGGCAGUUGAGAAAACAUGAGGGAAACUACCCCACCCAUGACCUUGAAAUGGCUGCGGUAGUGUUCGCCUUAAAGAUUUGGCGAUCAUACUUGUAUGGUGCCAAGGUUCAGAUACUUACGGACCAUAAGAGUCUUAAGUAUAUAUUCACCCAGCCUGAGUUAAACUUAAGGCAGAGAAGGUGGAUGGAGUUUGUAGCUGAUUACGAUCUGGAUAUCACCUAUCAUUCGGGAAAGGCUAAUCUGGCUUUCCAAAAAGCUUUAGGAACAAGAGUAAACAUGAGUACAGCCUAUCACCCACAGACGGAUGGACAGUCUGAACGU